UUUGUUUGUAAAGUGUUUAAGCUGACUGUAAAUAGAAUUAUUUAAAUUUUACCUUAGAAUUUAGGACGGUUCAUGCAUGCGCCCUCCACCAAAGAAGGGCUUGCCACUAGUGUUAGGCUGAUCUCCAAGGCCGAGUGGGCCGUCACCCAGAGUGCCACGUUAUCGCAGUGCCUCCAAAGCUGAGCAUCUUCACAUUCCGCCGCGACUUGGCCCUCGGGGAGCGCGUCUACGAGGCCUGUACUGUCAUAGGAGGCGACAAACCCGUGCAGGUAACGUGGACGAAGGACGGGGUGCCGGUGAAGAGCAUAGAAGGCGUGCAGGUGCGGAACUUGGACCAGCUGACCACCUUCCUGGUCAUCGACCACCUGUCUCCUCGCCACGCGGGUAACUACACCUGCACGGCCACCAACGAUGCCGCCAGCGCGCAACACACGUCGGCGCUCAACGUAAACGGUAAAUUACUUGUCUCUUAACGCUGACUGGUUCACUUUUCUCUUUCUCUCACGCUUUUCUUACGUUCUCUCCCUGGCUGGUGUGCUGAUGCUGGUCUUUCCCGGCCCGCCUCUGCGUGUAGUCCCCCCCACCAUCAUUCCUUUUAGCUUCGGCGAGGCGAGCCAGGGCGAGCGAGUGCAGGCGAUCUGCUCCGUGCGGCGGGGCGACGCGCCUGUCACUCUCACGUGGCUCAAAGAUGGCGUCCCUCUCAGUCAGGACACGCCGUCUGGCCUCACCAUACGCCCACUGGAUCAGUUUUCCAGUGUUCUCCUCCUCGCUAACGCCCAAGCUCACCACAGUGGCAACUACACUUGCCAGGCCUCGAGCGCCGCCCGCACUGCCGCCCAUUCAGCCACCCUCGUCAUCAACGUGCCUCCGUCGUGGAUCGAGGCGCCCCGGGACACCUCGGUCACCCUUGGCGGCUCCGUCAUCAUCCCGUGCCACGCGCACGGCUUCCCCGCGCCCGUCGUCACCUGGAGGCGCACCCGCGAGGACCAGCCGGGGCAGUACAGCCAGGUCCUGGGCGGCGGCCACGGGCUGGGCGUAAGCGUGGCCAACAACGGCAGCCUGGUGGUGUUGGGCGCGCGCUCCGAGGACGAGGCGCAGUACCUGUGCGAGGCCGUGAACGAGGUGGGCGGAGUACCCCCACGGUUCGACCCCGGCCUGCAGCGCCAGGUGUCGGUUCGUCGCGGCGCCCGCGCCACGCUCUUGUGCCAUGCUCAGGGCGACCCGCCCAUAACUCUCCUGUGGCAGGCCGCCCAUACUCGUGUUCACGACCUCAGUGUGGUGCGCGAGGUCGACGGCGGCGUGCGAGGCGAGCUGACGAUCCCUGCGGCCAAAAUGGAGGACGCGGGAGAUUACACUUGCACGGCGUCCAACUCUUACGGCAGGGACUCCUUCGUCGUCACGCUUGUUGUCCAAGACGUGCCGGGGUCGCCCCACGGACUGCGGGUGUCUCAGAGAGGAUCACGAUACCUGGUUGUGUCCUGGCUGCCACCCACCACCACCCACACGCCAGUUGACACCUAUAUUGUGCAAUACCGGCCUGGAAGAGGAACCUGGAAUGACGGUCAGGAGGAGACCGUCCGGGGCGAGACGACCACUGCCCGUCUAACGCCCCUGGUGCCCGACACCAGUACCUGGUGCGGGUCCUCGCGGCCAACCACCUGGGCGCGUCCCCGCACUCCGAGCCCUUGCAGGUGCGCACCGAAGGCGAGGCUCCUUCUGCGCCGCCUACGAGUGUCCGGAGCGACGCCGUUUCGCCCACCAGUUUGCGGGUCGUGUGGGAGCCUCCACCCGCCCAUACUCACCACGGUGACCUGCUGGGAUAUCACCCUGGUGAAUGAUGAGUCUGUAUACUUCAGCGUAGUGGGCGUGGCGCUGUGGACUUGGGGUGAUGGUCGUAAUCAUUACGUGGCCCUGUGGGUGCAGGUCAUGCAGUGUUGCACAUAA